CAACUUUACAUCAAACCUUACAAUUGCUUGUACUUCUAGAAAACCAUCGACUUUAAGAAUGCGUGAUGGUACAUAUAUUCCUUAAUUGAUUUUCCUUUCUUAUGGUCUUUUUUUUUUUUCGAGGAACCUUCCUGAGUUGGUCUAAUAUUUUUAUUGGCUCGCCUCUCACAAAAGAGGAUGCUGACCCGGAGGGAGACACUUUCUCCAUCACUCUCAAUAGUGUAAUCGUUCUUCACUCUGGUUCUUUCCCAACAUACCACCUAUGUACAGACACCCUUCUGGCUUCCACCUCUCCGGCGGCGGCGGCGGCGGCGGCUAGUUUUCACAGCAGCAAAAACGACAACAACAGCAGCCUCCUCCAGCAGCGCAACCGUUACAGCCUUUAAAUUUCAGAUUUUGGCUUCCAACAACUAUUUCCUUAACUUUCUUUCAACAACAACAACAACUACUCUUCAUUUCAAAACAAAACAACUACUCGAUCAUGGAGAAGGUGGACCGCGCUGUCACUAAUGCUAGACGCAACAUAAUUGCGGCCGGAGAGAGUGUGACGGCAUGGAAAGUGUCUCAGGAUGCACUGCUCAUCCUCAACCUCGACUCUUGGUCCUCUCUUGGCUUUCCCAUGCAGGAGGUCCCCAGUCUUCACCGCCUUAUGCUCACUGAAGGGAAGAUAAAUGCAUUUAUCCAUUGCUUUGUUGGGGUUCAAAGAGUUACUACAUUGUAUGAUUUGGAAGUAGCAAUCUGUAAGAAUGAAGGCGUAGAUAACUUCGAAAAGCUUGAAUUGGGGCCUUUGUUGCGACACCCACUUGUCUUGCACUAUUUUUCACUCAAAGCUGAUGCCACUGAAGUUUUUAAAAUAACCGGUGAGGAGGUAUUUUGUUUCCUUUGGAAGUAUAUACAUGGGAAGAAGAAGAAGAAGAGUCAGAAUAAUGAGAGUGUUGAAGUUGAAGAGUCUUUGGAUGGGAAGAAGAAGAGGAAGAAGAAUAAGUAUAUUAACAAUAUUCAAGUUGAUAAGUUUUUGAAUUUUAUUGCUAAGAGGCGUUCCGUUGCAAGCAAGGAAGAACUUUGUAUACGAAUUCAAAACUUGGGGAUGCAUGUUUCUGCUAUCCAAAAAGCCAUGAGCCCACAGACUGCUAUUUUAAAGAAACCUGUAGAUGCUACUUCUAUUUCUCAGCGUGUCGAAUCAUUCUCCUCUGCACGGAAGGAUUUUCGUGGCAAGAACAUUAGAUUUGCUUCAUCAAGCUCCAAUGACGAUGAAGAUAGUGAUGAUUCUAAGGAUGCUAACUUGCCAUCACAAAAUGUUGCAAGUUCUGACCGAGUGACUAGCUGUCCUUAGCCGGCUGAAACUGAAGAGAUGACAUGGCUUGGGUUGGAAGAUGAAGCGUGGGGGCAACCUGCUCCUGCUAGUGGCAGCCAAAGGCACAAUGAGAGUUGUUAUCAAUAUCCAAGUUCCACCAUGUCUGCACCCUCUGAAUCAUCUAAAAAGAAGGAAACUUGUUAUCAAAAUAAAAAAGUAAAGUUAAUCCAAACUUACAGAUGAUUCUUAGUUAUCAUUGUCUACUUGUAGAUUUUCAUCUCUUUUAUCAGAAAACAUUGGAUUGUUAUCUUUUAGUA